CAAGUCUUGAUAUCAUACCUCCGUGUUCAUCUGUUGAACCUGCAGCCAGUCCCACCAGCCAGUUGAUUGACAUCGUGAAAGAUGGUAAAACUACCCCAAGUGACACAAUGAACAGCUCCACAGAACAUGAGUCGGCCAAUGACUUCUUAAAGGAGGAAAUCCUGAAUAUGGAGAUGCGGGAGUUGGGGAACGUCACAAUGUCUGCUUCAGACCAAGAAAUCCAACCAAGUCUGGAAACUGAAGAACCGAUCACUUCCUUAGAUCAGCCAGAGGAGGAAACACGUGUUGAAGGAUUUGGGACAUCUGAGAUAAAGGAGCAAAAAGAAACUACUUCCUUUGGGGAAAUGGAUGGAGAUGACCCAACCCAAGAGGAGAAAGAGCUGGAUAACAACAUCGAACUUGACCACCAAGUUGAGAAUAUCCAUUUAAUCGCCCAACAAGAUGAUGCAGGAUCAGCGUCAGAGGUGACACUGCCAGGGGAGAAGCUCUUGUCAGAGGAAGUCAUAGCUGACGAUCAAACUCUGCAGCCAAGUGAUGAGGUGAAGGAUGCGCUCCAUCAAGAAGAGAUUGCAGAACCAGUGACCAUUUUAGAUGAUGAGAGUGAAAAGACAGACAAAUGUCAAAACAGAAAUCUCAAACAGCCGGGGGACAUUGAAACAAAAGAUGCCUUAGAUAGCAGGUCAGAAGCACAUGAAAACAAAAUAACAUUUCAAGAAGAGUUAGAACUGGCUAUAAAUGGAAAGGUCAAGGAAUCACAUCAAGCCAUAGCGAAUGGGAUACUUUGCCCUGAGACACAAUCAAUAAAGAAGGAAGUGAUAAUGUUGUCCACGAGGAAAAAAGAUGAUGCGUGGUUUAAAAUGAAGCCAGAAGAACCACAUGUGCCUCCACAAGGAAAACACCAAAAAGAGAAUCCAGUUAGAACAGACAUCAGAGAGGCUAUAACUGACAAUUUCGCAAGGGAUGCGUGGAUGAAGGAACUCAAGUCAGUCAUUAAAGAUGAAGUUCUUUCAAAAAAGAAAGAUUACCAGGUAAAGAAAAAGAGGGUGGUUCUGUUAGAGGAUGGACAACAAUUCAUUCCUAAUCAGGAGUGGCAGACAGAGAGACAACAGGAGAUGAUUUCCUCAAAAAUGGAGGACAGCCUUUUUCCACCUGGCCAGGACAACACAACAGCAACACCACACGACCAGGACAAUGAGAUCUCACUUUAUGUCAAGGCGGGCAGUGAUGGGGAGAGCAUCGGUAACUGCCCAUUCUCUCAGCGACUUUUUAUGAUCCUCUGGCUCAAAGGAGUCAUCUUCAAUGUCACCACCGUUGACCUCAAGCGAAAACCUGCUGAUUUAAAAGACCUUGCUCCAGGCACCAACCCUCCAUUUAUGACCUUUAACGGAGAGGUCAAGGUUGAUGUCAACAAGAUAGAGGAGUUUCUGGAGGAGAAAUUGGCGCCACUGCGCUACCCAAAACUGUCACCGAAACACCCAGAGGCCAACACAGCUGGCAUUGAUGUCUUUGCCAAGUUCUCCGCUUAUAUCAAGAAUCCAAGGAAAGAAACCAAUGAUGCCUUAGAGAAAGCACUGCUGAAGUCACUUCGCCAUCUUGACGACUUCCUACGGACGCCCCUGCCAGCUGAGAUUGAUGGUGAUGCCUCGGGAGAUGUUCCGGAGUCCACCAGGAGCUUCUUGGACGGACCAGAGCUGACCCUGGCCGACUGUAACCUGCUUCCUAAAUUACACAUCCUGAAGGUUGUAGCCAAGAAAUAUCGUGGAUUUGAGAUCCCUGCAGAGAUGACAGGCGUUUGGCGGUAUUUGAACUGUGCCUAUCAGAGAGAGGAAUUCAACAGCACCUGCCCUGCCGAGAGGGAAAUUGAGUUUGCCUACGCUAAUGUUGUCAAAAAAGUUAAAUGAGGUCAAGUCAUCCAAUAAUCUAGAUCAAAGGUAGGCAAACUAUGCAGCAAACUAGCUUUUUGCACUGACAAUUUAACAUGAAACUUAUUUGAUUAAUUAUUAGACUAAUCUGAGGAUGACCACUCAACAAAUUAUGGAAAAUGUCUAAUCUUUAAUAAAGUUACUU